AUGCAGAAUUAUUAUAUUUUGUCUGUGAUACUCUCGGUCCAGCUGCUGGGCAGCCUGGACACGAGGACAAUGGCCAUGGCAACGCCACAGAGCAAAGGAGCCGUCCAGGGUCCUGUAACGGACUGCCCGAACUGCGUGGACGAGUCACAGUACACGCCGAACAAAUGGACAAUGCCGCUGCUGAAGCUCGGGGAGAAGCGCUAUUACCUGGGCAUCUUCUUCAAGGCAAACUGGUUCAAAGCCACACAAUACUGCCGCUACCAUGGCAUGCAUUUGGCGAGCAUUUCAUCACAAGAAGAGAACGAUAGACUGGAGAAGCACAUACGUGACUUUGGCCUGGGCCACGAACAUUUCUGGAUAUCCGGCACGGACCUGGCCGACGAGGGCAACUUCUUCUGGAUGGCCACCGGUCGUCCGAUAACAUUCACCAACUGGAAUGCCGGGGAGCCGAACAACUUCCGCUACGAGAACGGGGAGGAGGAGAACUGCCUGGAGCUCUGGAAUCGCGACGGCAAGGGCCUCAAGUGGAACGACUCGCCCUGCAGCUUCGAGACCUACUUCGUCUGCGAGGUGCAGCCGAACUAGGAGGCGCCACAGAACCCACACACAACACACAACACACGACAAAAGACACAUCCAUUUAGGCAUAUAGUGAUUAGUGAUCCAAGGUUAGCCGCCUUAACCCUCGGGUUACCGCGAAACUUACAAGCGAAAGUGAAAGUGAAAGUGGACGUGGACGUGGAAGGAGCACGCAAUGAGAGAAAGUAGGGUUUUAUGUAUGUGUAAUGUAAGUGUAUAAAAUUUUUUUUGUUGAUAAUUAGAUAGUAAACGUAAUUAAAUUAUAAUUAGGACACUCUCCGUCUAUCUUCUCAUGUAAA